AUGCCUUUGCAAUCCUAUGUCUCGUGUACCUGCGAGAGCUUCAACUGCAAGUACAACCCAGAUGGUAGUGGACAAAAGCUUCAAACCACUCAAACGGCUACCAGGCAUCAGCGUGCAGAUGAGCUUCUCGUGCCUCAAGCAGAUGCUUUGGGUCAGGCAUAUGGGUUAUCAGAGGACCUUACCAUUAUUGAUAGUCUGGAGCAUGCAGGAAAUGCACACCAGCCCCCAGAUGAUCCAGGGGCUGAUUUCGACAACAAUUCAGACCAUGGCAACAAUGAUGUGGGGGACGCUGACGAUAACCUUGGACUCGGAGCACAGCCUCAUUUUCCUGAGCUCAAUGAUCUUUUUGAAAGAUGGGAUGAGCCCUAUCCUGCCAACGAUGACCCAGGUGCAUUCAGCUCUGACCCUGAUGCCAAAAUCUUCGAACACCUUGGACAACUGAACCUUGAAGAUCCAGUGAACUCUGAUGAAGAACUUGGAAUGCCAGCUGAGGGCAACCACAAUGAUGAAUUCUGCCCCAACAAUGAUGAGCAACUGAAUGACAUCAACAUGGUCCUUUUCAUUUCACAGGGUGCUAAUUUUGAUUUCUCAGACAUCUAUGAAGAUGCUGACAUUCAUGCCUCACCCCCUCCCUGUAUGAACGAUCACCCAGCGGUCCGUAAUGCUUACAUUUGGGCCUUUAUUUCAGCAGCAUUCUAUAAUGCUACCCACGCAGCUGUGUACCAUGACCUCAAAGGCAAGGAAUGCCUCCUCGACACAGCUCAACAAGCAAACCCAGAUAUUGAAUAUCUGGGCCUAGAUAAUUUUGCUUGCACACUGCCUACCCUCCUCAAGUGCCUUGAACGUGCACUACAGUGCCUUUUCUUACGGCCUGGCAAGUGGGAGCAAUUUCAGCAUUGGCGUGGUCUGGAGGACAAACCGGGUCUUGUACCUCCCAUUCCUGGUCAAGGCUAUGACUUGUUUCCAGACCCCUCGAAGCCAAUUCUGGCAAAUCAACAUAGACUGACCAUUCUUCUCAUGGUCAUUCCUGGACCUGAUGAGCCUUCCCUAGAACAGAUGAACUACCUGAUUGAGCCCUUUGUCAAGAGUAUGCUCCAGCUUGAAAAGGGAGUAGAAUUCAGGGUCAAUGGCCAUGAGGAUCCAGAAGUCUCACAUUCGCACUUAUACUGCAACGUCUCCAAUCUUCCCUCCAGCCAUAAAACCAGUGGUCUUCAAGGCCAUAACUCAAAAUUUUUCAUGUGUCUGACCUGCAAGAAACCCUUCUUCUCACUUUCCCAUCCCAGCUGUUUUGACCCCAAAACCUUUCAGUAUAGAGAUGAAUGGAGAUACAUUAAGUACUCGUUUUGUGCAUGCACUGCAGGCCCUCCUACAGCCAAAGAUAUCAGUGACAAUUGA